AUGGGGUCGUUCUUGAUGGUAUCGCCGGCAGACUACUUCGGACUACAUACGUACGCGCCAAUGUCAUCUUUCAGAACGCCCGAGGUGAGCCUCGAGCACGCCUCGACGUCCGGUCUGCGAACGCUGCCCGAAUUGGUCAACUUCCAUGCCGAAAAUAAUCCCAAGCACCUAUUUGGCCUCCAGGCCGAAGCAAACGAGGCUGGAAACGGCCACAGCUUUGUGCCCUUGAGAUAUGAGACGCUACAGCGUGCCAUCAUCCGCUGCCAGGCAUGGCUCAUGCAACAGACAACCAGUCUUCACCCACCCAAGACUGCAGCCGAUGGAAGCGUGAAGAAAUGCGCUCCCGUCGCGGUGCUCAUGGAAAGCCAUGUUGGCUUGGUCAUCUGCGUGCUCGCCUGUAUGGGCAUGGGCGUGCCGGUUGUCCUCCUGUCGGCGCGUCUAAGUGCGCCGUCCGCACGACAUCUCAUCCGCGAAACGGACGCGAAACUUGCGCUUGUUUCUCCCCGCCUAGUUCCCCUAGCUGCCGAGGCGGUGGGUGCUGAAUUUCAGGAUGAAUGCCAGGAUCUCACCUUUCGCGCGGCCAAUGCGAAUCACUACGUUUCCGAAGAUGAUCGCCAAGUUCUCAUCCUACAUUCUUCAGGAACUUCAGGUCUUCCAAAACCGAUACCUUGCUCCCACAAGUACUUUCUGGGCUACGCCACAUGCCACAGCUUCGCAUCGACCGCUGAAGCUCACGGACUGACGGUCUCCACACUACCGUUCUUCCACGGAUUUGGCUUUGUGUCUGUCUGUCUAUCUCUCAACAUCGGCAAGACAUUCUGCGCCCCUGUACCCUCCACCAUCCCCAACGGUGCCAACGUCGCAGCCCUCAUAGAGGACUCCCAAGCAAAGGCUCUCUUGACGGUACCAUCUAUCUUGGAGGAGAUUGAGGGCUUGCCAGAUGGCAGAGGGCAUGACAUCCUUCGCAACUUAGAUUUCGUGGGCUUCGGCGGAGGCAGACCCAAAGCCUCGGUCGGUGAGAGACUGGAACGUUCGGGUGUCAGGCUUGUCGGCCAAUACGGUGCGACGGAAACUGGUCCGAUGACACCUUUUUUUGUACCCGGCAAGGGACACGAUUGGCGUCGGCUUCGACUGCGUGCUGAUAUACUCCGGCCGCUUCAAGUCAAGCUUGACCUCAUCGAUGCAGAUGUAGAGAGUGCGCAGGCCGAAUCCGAAGAUGAACGGUCUUACAGCUACAAGUUAAGCAUGAAGCCGUUUGGAUGGCAGGAGCGCUUCGAACUGCAGGAUAUGAUCGUGGCACGCACAGAAUGCGUCUCCGCUGAUGACGUGGGGCAGCUGGAUUUCGUGAUCGCAGGCCGCAAAGACGACUUGAUUUGUCUUGCCACCGGAGAGAAGGUGAGGCCAACGAUACUGGAAUCCCUACUCAGACGGCAUGAAGACGUAAGAGACGCAACUGCAUUCGGAGAAGGACAGUUCGAACUCGGUGUCAUCGUAGAGACUGUCAGACCUGUCGGCCCCGGCGAUAUGGACAACUUCAAGGCCUCGAUCUGGCCGACAAUUGAGGAGGCCGGCCAUCAGAUGGAUGCUCAUGCAAGGAUUACGUCGCCGACCGCCAUUCUCGUUGUCGCUCCCGAAUCUCAAGGAAGUUUGCCGGCAGUCUACCGCGAUCUCGAAGACAGCAUGGUUGCACCACCAAUCGACCUAUCCUCACCUGCAUGCAGUAUCAAAAAUCUCGUUAUCAAGCACGUCAUGGGGCUGCGCAAUGAUAGUGAUUGGCAAGACGACGAUGAUUUCUUCGCACGUGGCAUGAACAGCCUUCAAGCGACGAGACUACGAAGGCUGCUGACGGCUUCAUUGCGCGCAACACAUGCCGCUGCUGGGCCUGAGACAGCCAACGUCCUCGCGAUCAAAGCGAUUAAAGACGAUAUCGUCUAUCGCAACCCUUCUGUGAAUAAAUUGGUCGAGGCACUGAUUCCCAGUUCAUCCAAGACAAACGGCGUCCUCACGGAGGCAAAGCUUAUUGAACGAUUGGCGGACAAGUACUCCGGCAGAGGCGACCUCCAAGAGCAGCGGAAAGCCGUGGUGUUGCUCACGGGCGGCACUGGCAGUCUCGGGUCAUUCUUCGUUGGGCGACUCCUUGCGGAUGAUAACGUGGGCAGUGUCAUUUGCUUGAACAGACCUGGGAAAGGAAAUCCCACAGAAGCUCAGAAACAUGCGGUAACGUCACGAAACGUCUCUGUCGAGGAAGACACGUGGAAGAAGUUGGAAGUUCACCAGACAAACACUGCAGAUCAGUGGCUUGGCUUGCCCGAGGUCGACUACUUGGGUCUCGCGGCCAGGGUAACUCACAUCGUACAUAUUGCGUGGCCCAUGAACUUCAGAAUGGGUCUGCAGUCGUUCGAGGCUUCAUUUUCGAGCUUGCGGAACCUCAUUCAGCUGGCACGCCAAGCAAGCAUUCACCUGACACAAAAGCCAAAGCUAUUACUGAUAUCUUCCAUCUCUACGGUGGGGAACUAUCCAUCGAUCAACGGAGAGGCAUUGAUUCCCGAGGCGUCCGUCGAGGAUCAAAGUUGGACGCUAGAGCUCGGUUAUGCCAAAGCCAAGUUUGUCUGCGAGAGACUCAUCGAACGCACGGCACAAGACCAUCCUGAUAUCGAGGCGGCGGUGAUCAGAGUUGGCCAGAUUGCUGGCUCUAGCACUGGCUAUUGGAACUCUGCUGAGCACUUCGUAGCCGUUUGUGCUUCGUCUCAGAAGCUGGGAAAAUUCCCCGACCUGCGUGGGACCUUGUCGUGGCUGCCGGUUGAUUUGGCCGCCGAAGCCCUCGCCGAGAUUCUCUUCCAUCAAGAGCCGUCCCGUGCAGUAUACCACCUCGAGAACCCAGUGCGGCAGAGCUGGGAGGAGGUGGUUAGACUGCUUUCCGAGGAACUGCGGAUAAGCAGCUCGUCCAUUGUCCCACUCGAAACCUGGCUCAACCUAAUGGAGACUAUGCCGGGACCAGGUAAUCCUGCUGCAGGCCUCGCCCGGUUUCUUCGAGAGGAUUUCGUCAAAAUGUCAUGUGGUCUCGUUGUCCUGGACACCAGUAAUUCCCGCAAUGCGAGUUCAACCAUGGCCAACAUGACAUCGGUGGGGGAAAGCUCGAUUAAGGCAUAUGUUUCCUACUGGAAGAGUAUCAAGCUGUUGUCGUAG